AUGUCAAAAUUGUUCCAAGUCACCUCGAUUGACGAACGUAAUAACAGCACGUUUUUGCUGAAAGAAAAAUAUGAUUCCUUAAUAAGUGAAGUGAAACGUAUUAAAACAGGAAAAAAAGAAUCGCCACAUGAUUAUUGGUUAGUACAACGGUAUGAUGUGAUAGAAGUGCAAGGUAAUGAAAAACUUAUACGUCCAAUGAAAGAAAAUUCUGAUAUUAUAUUUUACGUCCACGAUAUUUUUACGGUGUUCGGUGCUCCAAGUGUACUACAAAGUGACAACGGUCGUGAAUUCAGAAACCAAACAAUAGAUUCAUUAAAAGAAAUGUGGCCUGAAUUAUCUAUUAUUCAUGGCAAACCUCGCCACAGUCAGUCCCAAGGAUCAGUGGAGAAGGCAAAUCAAGAUAUAGAGAAUAUGAUAAUUACCUGGAUGAAGGACAACAACACAACAAAAUGGAGUGAAGGGCUAAGGUUUAUUCAAUUUAUGAAAAAUAAAGCUUUUCAUAGGGGGAUAGGACGAAGUCCUUAUGAAGCUAUGUUCGGAUGUUCCCCAAAAGAAAAUGAAGGGAAUACCGAGGAAGAAUUGUGUCAACUUUGCAUAAAUAAAGAAAAUAUUUCCAAUAAAAGAGAAGAAGCAAAAGAAUGCUUAGAACGUCAAGCUAAAAGAAUGAAACUACAAUCAGAUAUGUCUCAUCCACCUGCUCUUCAAGGAUGUAACGUACGAGUCAAAAUUCCAGAUGUUGACAGGUCAAAAUGUGAUCCACAAUCUAUAAUUGCAAUUGUAUUAGAAAAAACAACCGACGGAUUUUAUCGCUUAGGAACUAAAUACGGUAUACUAAAACAACUUUACGCGAGGUCACAAUUUAGUUUAUGCACAGAAAAGUUUAUUACGCUUAGUGACGUUCCAGAUGUAGAUGUAGAAAAGCAUCCGAAUCCCAAUCACUUGGUAAUGGACAAGGGUUUUUUAAAUGUACAUGCCAACAAAAGUGCACCACAAAACGGUGCAUAUGUUUAA